CGUCCCUUUCCGCCGCCCCUCUUCCGUGCGCCAUCUUGUCCCCACAACUCGGCGUAACGUCGUUAACUGAACGCUUCGCGUGCGUCUUCUAAUCGCAGAGAAUACGAUCAAACGAUCCAAAAUCAAGUUCGAAUGAAUUAAGAGACGUCGGUCCGCCACUCGCGCACCUCGUUGAACGCGUUGCCGCCAUAUUCUUUAGGGACAACGGUCGUUUCCUUUCGUUUAGUAGUUUAAUGGCGUUGUGAAGGAGCUGCCAUGGCGGUUAGUCAGCAGCAGGCCGUGAGCAAACCGGCCGGCGGGAAACAUGGUAACCUCUUGCCGUUAUGGGGCAACGAGAAGACCAUGAACCUCAACCCCAUGAUCCUGACAAACGUCCUGUCGUCGCCAUACUUCAAGGUCCAGCUGUACGAGCUCAAGACGUACCACGAGGUGGUGGACGAGAUAUACUUCAAGGUCACCCAUAUGGAGCCAUGGGAAAAAGGCAGCAGGAAGACCGCGGGGCAGACGGGAAUGUGCGGAGGGGUUCGAGGAGUCGGUACGGGUGGGAUUGUGUCCACUUCAUUUUGCUUGCUGUAUAAGCUAUUUACACUGAAACUGACCCGCAAACAAGUGAUGGGUCUCAUCACUCACACAGAUUCGCCCUAUAUCAGGUCACUGGGCUUCAUGUACAUCAGGUAUACUCAACCUCCUUCUGACUUGGUUGACUGGUAUGAUGAGUUCCUUGACGACGAGGAGGAGUUGGACGUGAAGGCUGGAGGAGGGUGCGUAAUGACGGUCGGAGAGAUGCUCCGCUCCUUCCUGACCAAGCUGGAAUGGUUCUCAACGUUGUUCCCGCGAAUUCCUGUUCCUGUUCAGAAAUCAAUCGACCAGCACAUGAAGAGCCGACCACGUAAACCCCCGCAAAAAGAUGCGCAGGAUGAAGAGGCGGCAGCCGAUUCGGGAAGGCAUGGAGAUAGGCGCCAUUCCAGGACACCUAGGAAAAGUCCCAGUCCCAGGAGAUCCCUAAAUCGUUCACGGAGUCGCAGCCAUCACAGAGAAAAACAAGGCGCCAACUUCGACCGUGAACUGGAGAGAGAACGAGAUCGGCAGCGCAAAGAACGGGAGGGAAAGGACCGGGAUAGAGAUAGAGAGAGGGAGAAGGACAGGGAGAGAGACCGAGAUAGACGACGCUCCAGAACACCAGACCGAACCAGGGAACGACGCCGGAGUCGCAGCGCCAGUCGAGAGAAGCGGAACGAGAGGAAAGACAGAGAGAAAGAGAAGGAGGCAGAGAGUGAGAGAGAGCAUAGUCGCAGGAAGGACAGAGAGCACCAUAAAGAUCGGGAGAGGUCCAAAGACAAGAGGAGUAAAGGAGAGGGGGAAGAGAGGAGGCACAAGGAAGAUAAGGAGGAACGAAAGCACAGGGAAGAAAAGAGGAGUAAACGGUCAAGGAGCAGAAGCAGAGACCGGAAACACAAAACCGAACGAUCUAGCAAGAAGCGCUCCUGCUCGGGCAGCAGGAGCAGGCAGGAAGCAGGGGAGGAGAGGAACAGGAAAAGGGAACGCAGCCAUAGUAAGGAACGCUCACACAAACGCAGUCGGAGCAAAGAGCGCUCGCACCGGCAAGAAUCCAGCAAUGGACGAGAACAUGUAAAACAAGAGCGUCCCAGUCCUGAAAAAGGAGAAAGAACAAACAGUUUUCGAGCAGAGUCUCCCUGAUCCAAGUCUGUCUCUAUCUCCCCCUCCUCCUCUCUCUCAAAUUCCCUCUGUACCUUUAUUCCAGUCCCUCUCUUAUUACUUCACAUCUUUAUCUUUAAACCUCUUGUGCACCACUUGUGUUGAAGAAAGCAUAUGGAAAAGCCUGGAUUUUUUUUUUCUGCACUGUUAAUUGUGUAGAUACCAAAAAAUGUCAUUUUCUCUCAGUUGCCCAUUACAGAUGUCCAGACUGAAAAUGGCAUUUUAAAACUUUUUUUAAUCCUCUUUCUCUCCCAAUUUGUUUUCUGGAUUUUCACAAAUGGCUUUGUACAUAGAGCUCAGAGAAUGUUUUAAAUUUCUCCUGAAAGCUUUGCUGACAUUUUGCUGUUUCAUUGCUCUGUUGCAUCUCGUUUUCUAAUAAAAUUCUUGUAU